AUGGCUCAAAUUCAGGAUAUGUCAAGCCGCUGGAUAUACGAAGACGGGCCUGAGUUGUCAAAGACAAAGAACAACCCGGACUCAUUUUUCCUCAACUUACCCGUCGAAAUCUUGCUCAUCAUUCACUCGUUCCUCCCGGCAAGCAGUCAGCUGUGUCUUUUAACAACCUGCCGCGGGAUAAAAAUAUUACUAGAGUACAGAACAGUCUCAUAUUCUCGAUUAACACUUGAGCAAAAGAAGGAGUACAAGACAUUUGUGAUACGGCAAUUUCCUAAUGCUUGGCUUGAUGAAAAAACGCUACGUUUCCGAGAAUUUCAAGAGGAAGACCUCUACCCACAACCGCAAGGUCCUCCAGUUAGAUAUCAACCAGGUUGGAAAUUCAAUGAUAUCAUCAACUUCAAGCGUGGAGCCUUAUUGAUAAGGCAUAGGCAUGUUCGGAUGAGCCUCAUAUACCACCAAUUGGAAAAGAAGACUCGCCAGCAAAUGUCAUUUCUCAAGAGUCUCCUGGAGCCAUACCACACUGAUUUCUCACCAUGCCACAACAUACACCCCUCGGAAAAGUCUGGAGUAGUAGGCCACUUUGAGCCUCAUCCCAAGCUCGUCUCUGGUCGAUAUCUUCUUUUCAACAAAUGGACCUUCACCAACCCCUGA